UUAUUUAAUUCUGUUUCCCAGACCCCCCCUCUCGGAGAAGAAGAAAGUUAGGGCAUUCGUCGCCGGAGCUCCCAUCGCCGGCCUCUCCCCUCCGACCACCACCAAUCACCACCACCGCCGUCGUCUCUCUCUUCAUACAGGAGAUCGGGGCUGAAGAAUUGGAGCAGGUUGGAAAUGGUGAGAAGUGUGAAGAGUCACCACCACGAAGAUGAGGAACUCGUUCCGAGGAGGGCCACAGAUUGCUCUUCUCAGAUUGACGUGAAGAGCACUGAUCAGAAGACGAACGCGGUUCGCUCGAAGCAUUCGGAGACAGAGCAGCGUAGAAGGAGCAAGAUAAAUGAGAGAUUUCAGAUUUUAAGGGAUCUCAUACCUCAAAAUGAUCAAAAGAGAGAUAAAGCGUCAUUUUUAUUAGAGGUUAUACAGUACAUUCAGUUUCUACAAGAGAAGUUACAGAUGUAUGAGGGGUCAUACCAAGGUUGGAGUCAGGAGCCCACAAAGUUGAUGCCAUGGAGAAACAAUUGUGGGCCUGUAGAAAGUUUUAUUGAUCAAUCACAACUCAUGAGGAAUGGAUCUGGUCAGGAGGAUAGUAUUGUUGUCACACCAGCCAUGCUUACUAAUGCACAGAACUCAGUAGAAUCUGACUUGGGUGAGGCUGCUGUAUACAAGGCAUUGGAUAAUCCCGCUGUGGCAGAAAACCAAGCAAUUCCGAUUAAUAUACCAUUGCAAUCAAGUGUUCUUGGGGAUGUGCCUACCCAACGUUGUCAGGCAUUUGUUUCUGACUCUGAACACUUGGCAUCCCAGUCCCAAUCCCAAUUUUGGCAGAGUAGGCCAUGUACAACUGAAAGUGCCGUUCCAAGCUAUACUCUGAACGAAGAGGAGCUAAAAAUUGAAAGUGGUGAAGCUAGCAUUUCAAAUGCCUACUCUCAAGGGUUGUUGAAUAGCUUGACUGAAGCACUGCAAUCUUCAGGAGUGGAUUUGACACAGGCCAGCAUCUCAGUGCAACUUGAUGUUGGAAAACGAGCAAACACUGGACUGACUGCUACAAUGUUCAGUGCAAAGGAUCAUCAAAACCAAUGUCCUGUCAGUCAAUCAAGGACAGUUUAUGGGGUUGGGAGUAGUUGUGAGGACUCUGAUCAAGCUCAUAAAAGACUCAGAACAGAACACAUCUAGCUAUUUUCCCGAAUUUUGUUAUUUAGUUUUCUUCAAAGCUUUCAUUUUUCUUUUUGUGAUGAGGAGAGUUCAGUGUGGGGGCUGUUUUGACAUUUGAUGAUCUACAGAUGCCCAGAUGCAUGAACUUUUUAGAUGCAGCUGUUACAUAUUGUUUUCUGUUCUCUGAAGGGGUUUCCAUGCGACAUUGAGAAGCUGCUUUAUGUAUGUUCUUCUAAUGGCUUCCGUUUUUCCAACCAGUCUCAUUCUUUUCAUGAAAUGCAAUCAUCUGUAAAUUUAUACCAACCAUGAUAACACUCUUGAAAUAGUAAA